AUGUGCGAAUCUCACACGAUUUUCCAUCUCUGUGGCCACGUCAACAUCAAGACCAUCGUCCAAUGCGCUGACAUUAUAGACAAGUUACUGGUUUCGGGCACGCCCAUCGCGUCCAACCACCAGGUGUGCCAAGACGACGUCAGCGACAACGUCCAUGUCUUCCCCGACAUUUGCACCAAAUGCAGGACCACCGGCGUCAUCGGCGACGUGAUGGACGUACCGGGCGUGAAGCUCGAGGUGAUGAAGGCUUGGGAGUCGCAAAGAAAGCGAGUAUCCGCGGUACCCAGCCAUGACAAUAACAACACCGACCAUGUCGACACGGAAGACGGCGUGGCCGACAAGAUCAGAGAAUGCGAAACCUUCGAAAGGAUCUCGCUCCCGGAUGAUCUGAGCACUUCGACACCAGACCGUGCAGGGGCCUCGAGUUCCCCUACUCCAGCAACAAGUAGUGCCUCGAGUUCGACAUGCCCUGAGCCAAGUCCAGCGCCGACGCCGGACUUGAGCCAGAUCAAGGCCCGAGUGAUCACCUUGCGGGCUCGGACUGAACGGCUUCUCAUGAAGAUUCGUGCCCACAACGUCCCUAAAUUGGGCUAG